AUGGACGACGAAGAUCGCGUGGCAAUGGAAAACAACGUGAGAAACCUAUUAGCGAACCAGCAUGAUCUUAAAGAACUAGAAAGGAAGCAGACAUCUGUAGUUGAUGCUACGGUCAAUCUGCUAAAGAGAACGACAGAUGAAGUCAAUUCGCACUUUACGGAAAUGAAGUGCAAAAUUGAGAACAUAAGCGCCACAAUGAACGAGAAUUAUUACGUUUAUAGAGAAUCAAUUCGGUUCUUUAUAAUCACCAAAGAAAUACACGAGAGUAUCACAGAAUGUGACGAGGCGCAGAAAGAGGUCAUCGACGUAUUGUUGGAAGUGAACAAUGGUCACUUUCACCCCGUGCUCAUGAGUCCCAGUCAACUGCAGUCUGAGAUAAUAAGAAUACGUAAUGCUCUACCAGAGAAGUAUGUUUUACCCGGUAAAAGCACUGGUGCAGAACUGAAGGAGGUGUUGCAUUUAAUGAGAGGUCAUGGGAUGUUUGUAGGCACUCAGUUGGUAAUCGACUUGAAAAUACCUCUUUUCAAUAGGCAGUCAUCGCAACUAUACAGAGUUAUUCCGAUACCGUUUGAACGAAAUAAUGUCGUCAUGAUAGCGAGGACAAAGGCACCGUAUAUAGUGUACAAUUUCGAAUUGGAUUCAUUUCACUAUCUAACGCAAGCCAUGUUGAACGAGUGUAAAGGCACCUUGGAUGAUGAAAUUGUUUGCGAAGAAAAUUUCCCGUGGAGAGAUGCGUCUACAAAUGAUUGCGAGUUAGCUCCUCUGAGGCCACACAUAAACUUGAAGUGCACUUACGAUGAAGUAGAAAACAGUCCAUAUUUUAUACAGCUCAAACGCAAGGCAAACUGGUAUGGACAAAAUAAAAUUGACACGGAAACGGAGAUGACAUUUAUCAAAAAUAUGUGA